AUACAAUUGGGCGGGAAAUUUUUUCAUAAUAAGUCGACACGUGUACAUGUUUGGGGAAAAAUGACGUUAGCGGUUGCUACUUUAGUUUAUUUAUAGAAUAGAUAGAUAGAUUCUUUUUCUUUGGAUGGAAGUUUUUUUUUUUUUUUAUUUUUUUAAUGGAAAAGAAAAAUCCAACCUAUGUACUUUUUCCUCCUACAAAUCCAACCUUUAUACCCCUCCUUCUCAAUUUCUUCUCACUCCUCCUCUUUCUCUCUCCUUUCUCCUAAAAAAUGGAAACUUCUUGCAAUUACCCACCAAUACCACCAGUACAACCAAUACGCCACCAACACCACCUGAAAACCGUAUCACCAGUACACCGUCAUCUCUUCCUUCCUCCUCCUCCACCUCACCACCAUUAUCACCACCCUUUCUCUCCUCGCCUCCUUCAUCAUCCUCCUCCACCCCCACCCCCACCCCCACCACCUUCUCACCAUUCCUCCAUUGAACCCCCUUCAAUUUCGUCAUCAACUCCCCACCUCACCAACAACCUCAUCUUCAUCAUGUCGUAUUCUAGAAGACGACCCUCGAGAUGGGUUUCGAUCUCCCACUCGGGUAAUCCCUCCUAAUCAUUACCAUCAUCAUAAUCAUAAUCAUCAUAGUAUUCAUGAUGUUGAUGUUGAUCAUCAGCAUUGAUUUCGGUUAUCGCAACUCCCUAGCUCUGCCGCCGCCACUUCCGCCGAUUUCGGGUUCAAGGGUUUCGCCGAUGUCUCCUGGUGUUCAUCGUUCUCCUACUUAGUUUGUUCAAUUUGAGGUGGAGAUGGGUCGGUGCUACGGCUAAAGGUUUAGGGUGGUGGUAAUGGUGGUGUGGUUUGUUUGGGUUGAGGAAAGAACUGUAGCUGGUUGUGGCUGGAAAACCAGGAUGGCUGGAAAGGGAGGAUGGUCGCAAAGGGAGGUGGUGAGGAAUGGUGGCCGAUUUAAUGAGGGAGGUGAGGAAUGGUGGCCGGAUUUAAUGGAGGUGGUGAGGAUGGUGACCGAAAAAUCUUUUUUUUUUUUAUUUUUUUAUUUUUAUCUUUUUAUUUUUUUUUAAAAAUUAUUUUUGUUUUUUAAUAAUAAUAAAAAAAGAAUUGACCUAUUAAUAGCUGACAUGUGUCAUCUAACUUAAAGAAAUUGGUCAUCAACAGGCAAUGUACCUUUAAAUUUAGAGGGAUAUAAAUGUUGGAUUUUUGAGGAAUAAAAUAAAAAUUGGAUUUUUAGCAGGAAAAAGUGAAAACUAGUAUUUUUCUUUUCAAUUUACCAAAAUUGAGAGGGAUAUUUUAAAACCCCUUUCAUUUUAUAAGAUACGCGGCGUUCGACCCCCAACUAGCGGCUACUCUCACAGUCUCACCCAUCUCUUUGUUUCCACCUUCUCUUUUUCUCGUAUUCUCGGCGAGUAAAGCAGUGCUCUGCCAUGGCUAUAGCUCGAGAAUUGUACCCUUCAGAAGACGACCUUCCAUACGAAGAAGAAAUCCUGCGCAACCCCUUCAGCCUCCGUCUAUGGUGGCGCUACCUCGUCGCAAGAACCUCUUCUCCAUUCAAGAAACGCGCAAUCAUCUACGAACGAGCUCUCAAAGCUUUACCUGGAAGCUACAAACUCUGGUAUGCUUAUCUUCGUGAACGCCUUGAACUUGUUCGUAAUCUUCCUAUUACACAUUCUCAGUAUGAAACCCUAGAUAAUACUUUUGAACGUGCUUUGGUUACUAUGCAUAAGAUGCCCAGAAUUUGGAUUAUGUAUUUGCAAACCCUAAUUGUUCAGAAAUUGGUUACUCGUACUCGUCGUACUUUCGAUCGGGCUCUUUGUGCUUUGCCUGUUACUCAGCAUGAUCGAAUUUGGGAACCCUAUUUGAUUUUUGUGAGUCAGAAGGGGAUUCCGAUCGAGACUUCGCUUAGGGUUUAUAGGAGGUAUUUGAAGUAUGACCCAUCUCACAUUGAGGAUUUUAUUGAGUUUUUGGUGAAUUCGGAGCGGUGGCAGGAGGCGUCUGAGAGGUUGGCUGGGGUUUUGAAUGAUGAUCAGUUCUUUUCGAUUAAGGGGAAGACGAAGCAUAGGCUUUGGCUUGAGUUGUGUGAUUUGUUGACUAAGCAUGCUACUGAGGUUUCUGGGUUGAAUGUGGAUGCGAUAAUUAGGGGUGGGAUUAGGAAGUUUACGGAUGAGGUGGGGCGGUUGUGGACUUCGUUGGCGGAUUAUUAUAUCAGGAGGAAGUUGCCGGAGAAGGCUAGGGAUGUGUUUGAGGAGGGUAUGAUGACGGUGGUCACUGUCAGGGAUUUUAGUGUGAUUUUUGAUGCGUAUUCACAGUUUGAGGAGAGUAUGCUGGCGUAUAAGAUGGAGAGUUUGGAUUUGAGUGAUGAAGAAGGAGAGGAUGGUGGUGGGGAUGAGGAAGAGGAGGAGGUUGACAUUAGGGGGGAUGUUGACCUCUCUAUGGGAAAGUUUGAGAAGAAGAUCUUAAAGGGUUUUUGGCUGCACGAUGAUAAUGAUGUGGAUUUGCGGCUCGCUAGGUUGGAGCAUUUGAUGGAUAGACGUCCUGAGCUAGCUAAUAGUGUUCUUUUACGUCAAAACCCACAUAAUGUGGAGCAAUGGCAUCGGAGAGUCAAGCUCUUUGAGGGCAAUCCAACUAGGCAGAUAUUGACCUACACUGAGGCGGUCAGGACUGUGGAUCCUAUGAAGGCAGUAGGAAAGCCUCACACUUUGUGGGUAGCUUUUGCUAAGCUGUAUGAAAGUCACAAAGAUCUUGCUAAUGCUAGGGUUAUAUUUGACAAAGCAGUACAAGUGAAUUAUAAAGCAGUGGAUCAUCUUGCUAGUAUUUGGUGUGAAUGGGCUGAGAUGGAGUUAAGGCACAAAAACUUUAAAGGAGCACUGGACCUGAUGCGGCGUGCAACAGCAGUGCCCUCUGUCGAAGUAAAGCGUCGAGUUGCUGCGGAUGGUUAUGAACCUGUGCAGAUGAAGCUGCACAAAUCAUUAAAAUUGUGGACAUUCUAUGUAGAUUUGGAGGAAAGCCUUGGUACUUUGGAGUCCACCCGUGCUGUGUAUGAGAGCAUAUUGGAUAUAAGAAUUGCUACUCCCCAAAUUAUUAUAAACUAUGCAAUGCUUCUAGAGGAGCAUAAAUAUUUUGAAGAUGCUUUUAGGGUGUAUGAAAGAGGUGUGAAGAUCUUUAAAUAUCCUCAUGUGAAAGAGAUAUGGGUUACAUAUUUAUCCAAGUUUGUUAAGAGGUAUGGAAAGACAAAGUUGGAACGAGCCAGAGAACUCUUUGAGAAUGCCGUUGAAACGGCACCUGGGGAAUGUGUAAAGCCUUUAUACCUGCAAUAUGCUAAGUUGGAGGAGGACUAUGGCUUAGCAAAGCGUGCAAUGAAGGUUUAUGAUCAAGCUACUAAAGCUGUUCCAGCUAGUGAGAAGUUGAGCAUGUACGAGAUCUACAUAGCUCGUGCAGCAGAAAUGUUUGGUGUGCCAAAAACCAGGGAGAUAUAUGAGCAAGCAAUUCAAUCUGGUCUUCCUGACAAAGAUGUGAUAACCAUGUGCAUGAAGUAUGCUGAGCUUGAGAAAAGCCUCGGAGAAGUUGACCGUGCUCGUGCAGUUUACAUAUAUGCCUCUAAUUUUGCAGAUCCAAGAACUGUUCCUGAUUUCUGGAAUCAGUGGCAUGAAUUUGAGGUCCAACAUGGAAAUGAAGACACCUUCAGAGAAAUGCUCCGCAUAAAACGUAGUGCUGUUUCUAGUUUCAGCCAGACCCAUUUCAUCCUUCCUGAAUUACUGAUGCAAAAAGAUGAGGUCAGCCUUGAUGCACUUGAAAAAGCUGGGGUUCCUGCUGAUGAGAUGGCUGCUCUUGAAAGGCAGUUGGCUCCUGUAGACAAUGAUGUUCUAGCUAAGGAUAAAGCAAGGACUGUUGGUUUUGUCAGUGCCGGAGUUGAAUCUCAAAGUGACACUGGCAAAAGAAAUGUAAACCAGGAGGAGAUUGAACUACCGGAGGAGAGUGAUGAUGAUGAGGAAGAUGUGGAAAAGGUCGAGAUUGCUCAAAAGGAUGUGCCAAGUGCUGUUUUUGGUGGCUUGGCUAAGAAGCGGGAUGACCCUGAGAAAGCUGAAGAUGGGGAGGAGGUGAAAGGGGCUGAUGCUCCUCUAGGUGCUCUUGAAAGAAUGAAGCGUAGAAAGAAAGAUUAGUGACUUCCUCAGUUAUAUAGUCCAAGUUACACUUGAAUCUUAACAUUUUGUAGCAUACUUGUAGAUUAAUUAUUGGAUCAGCUGAUCUCGUUUUUUUAGGUCUGUUUUAAACAGGAGAAAUUUUUGUAACAAUUGUUCAUAUAGAGUUGAUUAAAAUGUGAAUUAAGCCCAUUAAAACCAUGAUUCCAUAUUAAUGCAUACUUCCUCCGUUUUUAUUUA